AUGCAGUUCUUUGCCCUGCUCGUCGUAGCCUUCAUCCUGCUCAAUUCCAACGUAGUAGCCUAUACCAAGUCCGGUGAGGAGACUAAGACCAUCGAUCUCCACUACGCUGACGCUAUCGCUGAAGGUGGCUAUCUCGUUCUGUAUAUGGUGGAGAGACGCCUACCUCACAAGAUAACCUUCGUGGUGCAAUUGAGAAGCGCUUUCCGAAAGUCAAUUUCACUGUCGUUGUCGACUACAGCAAGUAAGUACCAGAGUGUGCACAUCGACACCCGCUACGUCGAAAAGUACAACUGGGACUGGGUGACUCAGCUUGCAAGCAGAAUGUCAGCUUCAACCGCGGCACGAAUGUUGCUCGUGACCUCGUCUCGGGAGAGAAAAAAGCUAUUGGCAUUGGCUCCAGUCUGGGGUCAGCGCAUGGGCAUAUUGUCGAAGGCCAGACACCCUGCCGCGGCGAAGCUGUUCAUGAACUGGAUCAUUUCGGAGGAGGCGCAGACGUCGUUGGUGACCAACAGCGUGCGCACUGACAUCAACACCAACAACCCCUGGGACACCCCGGAGGCGAACAUGGUGAAUUUCUCCGCGUUUAUGGAAGAUCGCGCCACAGUGGAGCAGUGGAAGCAAACGUGCGCAUUGUACUUGGGCGAGGUGCAGGGCAAACCAUCGCCGGUUGGCUUGGUCUUCAUCCCGGUCAGUGACUCAGUGGGAAAGUGA